AUGACCGCUGCAAUCAGAAUGCUUGCUUAUGGAGUGUCGGCUGAUUUCAUGGAUGAAUACAUAAGGAUUGGAGAAACCACUACAAUAAAAAGCUUAAAAAAAUUUGUUAAAGCGGUAGUUUCAAUCUUUUCUGAAGAGUACUUGAGGUCACCAAACAACAAUGACAUUGCAAGGUUGUUAGCAGUUGGCCAACAUCGUGGAUUUCCAGGAAUGCUAGGGAGCAUCGAUUGCAUGCAUUGGAAAUGGAAGAAUUGUCCAAGUAAGUGGAAAGGUCAAUAUAUUGGUCAUACACAUGAUCCAACGAUAAUUUUGGAAAUUGUGGCGUCGUAUGACCUUUGGGUAUGGCAUGCAUUUUUUGGGUUACCGAGGUCUCACAAUGACAUCAAUGUCCUAGAGCAGUCUUUUGUAUUUUCUGAGCUUGCUGAAGGGCGUGGCUUCUCUGGUUAA